AGUCGGCCUUGCUGGCUUUUUCAAGGAAUGACGUUGUUUUGCUGACUUCAUUUUCGCUCUCCUCGAAACCACGCAGUUCCACACACCCACAACAAAAGAAAAACGAAUGACUAAAGUGAGAGGAAGAUGAUGAUGACGACGAUCCGAAGGAUGCGGUUGUUGGUACUAUCAGUACCAGGUGCUUCUGUCUUGUUGGUCUUGUCCUUGAGUAUAUUAUCGAGAGCAACUACUGUGGAUGGGUUGACGGUGCCGGUACACAAUGGCCAGUCGGUCAAGACUGCUUCUUCUUUGACAACCAACAUUCCACCAAUUACGGUUGCUGCAACUGCUGCCACCAAUGGUGAAUCCGAAUCUCAAUCGAAAGAAUCAGACAACAUGGCAGCGGCAUUGAAAGAAGGAGAAAAAUUCUUGGGAAGAAACAACUGCAAUGCCAACAAGAAUUCCGCCUUUCAAUCGCUCCAAAAGGUGAUGCGCAAAACGGCCAGCAUUCCCACAUCUACCCAAACGAAAAAGACUAACAACAACUACAACAAGUCUUCAUUGAUAAAACCCGCGUCCCACUUGACAUUUUCCAAGUUCCUCACCAUGCAAGAAAAACGAGUCGUCGUCUGUUUUCGAUUCACCGAUCUACCGUAUCUACGACCGUACUUUUUGACAUUUGCCAAUAAACUCAAGAAACGGCAUGCCGAUAUUAUUAUUGACAAGCGAAUACUACCGCUCGUAGUCGAUUCCACCAGUCCACCCAUUUUUGAAGUACUGGUCGAUGGAAAAAUUGUCAUUGGAAACAACAAAAAGGGACGAUCCAACAACAAUAGCAAACAGGAAAAAGUUAUUGUGGGCGGUCGUGUCGAUGCCACCAAUACUCAAUCGGUAUUUGCAUCGAUGGAACAGUUGGGACUGGCCAUUGCCAAAGCCCGAAGACGGAGACGACCCAAUACGUUAUAUGGAGGUGAAACUGAUGAGAGUGAAGACAGUGACUACUAUGAUCCCUACCAAAACUUGAAACGAAGAAUACAACACAAACCACCAAUCGGCGUCACCGCCACAGAUAGCAGACAGGAUCAGUAAAUAUGCCGUACCGGUACAGGAAACUCCACACAGAAAAACAAACAACAAUAAGAACAAAACAAAAAAGUCGUGGAACACCCAAAAGACGCGCUAGCUAGCUAGCUGGAAAUGGUGCUACACGGACGCCCCCAACCUUUUGGAUUUUCAAAAUCAAAAAAGAGCUGCAUUGCAUUCCGUAGUGGAACCAAGUUCAUCCUAGACAGAUGUCAGCCCCCGUACAUUAGUAGAAACCAACUCCCCCUUUGCAGAUGUACUGUACGCCUGUUUUGGAUCCUGACACAGAAGAUAGCUCUAUCGAGUCAGUCAGUCAGUGUCGACCUCAAAACAAACUUGGCCCUUCCAUCUUUUUAUUUAUUUAUUCAACAGUGUACUGGUACGAUAAUAAGAAAUGUGAUUAUCAUGUC